GGGGGAGAGGAAGAGGAGACCAGUGACUGAGGCAGAGGAGACAAGUGCAGGAGGCUGUCGGCGCAGAGGAGACUCUCUCCGCGUAAAUAAGAAGCACAGCAGACGCAUCGCUCCUCCUGACGCAGGGGAGCGGAGGAGCUACACAACAACCACAGGCUCCGAGCUUCGAGGGGAAAAACAAGAUUGAAGAAAAGCUGAGAAGAAAAGGAACAAGGCGACUGUAACCAGGCAGGAGCAGGAGAGAGGGGGGGAUUCGGGUUUCUCUGUUGUGUGUGGUGUGUGUUUGUGUGUGUGUGUUUGUGUGUGUGCGUAGUCGUCCUCACACAGUGUGACUGAGCAAAGAGGAGGGGCGUCGUCGUACUCAGGGGGACAGACCUUUGUGUCACACACAGAUGAUGGAGAGGAGGAUGGACACAGCUCUGCUGGUGCUGUUAAUGGGACACCUCGCCGCGGCGCUGGAGGUCCCACUAGACCUUCUGGAAGGAUUGCCACAGCCACCGACCAUAACUCACCAAUCCCCCAAGGAUUACAUCAUUGACCCACGGGAGAACAUUAUAAUCCACUGUGAGGCGAAGGGGAAGCCUCAUCCCAGUUUCUCUUGGACGAGAAAUGGGACGCAUUUCGACAUCGACGAGGACGCCAACGUGGUCAUGAGGCCCCACUCUGGGACACUGGUGGUGGACAUCAGCAGAGAGAAGGCUGAUCACUAUGAGGGGGUGUACCAGUGCACGGCGAGAAACAAACAUGGAACUGCUGUUUCCCACAACAUAGUCGUACGACAGUCCAGAUCCCCCUUGUGGUCAAAGGAGAGGAUCAAGCCAAUCGUGGUUCAGGAGGGCGUGUCCUUGGUGCUGCCGUGUCGACCCCCUGCUGGCCUGCCCCCUCCCAUCAUAUUCUGGAUGGACAAUAACUUCCAGAGGCUGCCUCAGAGCAGCAGGGUGUCCCAGUCCUUGAAUGGAGACCUCUACUUCUCUAACGUUCUCCGAGAGGAUUCCAGGAACGACUACAUCUGCUACGCCCGCUUCCCACACACACAGACCAUCCAGCAGAAACAGCCCAUCACCGUCAAGGUCCUCAACCUGGAAGCAAUCAAUGAUACAAUGGCAGCUUUUUACAAUGACACUGAUUUGUUUAGUGAAGACCCAGUGGAUGACAGGAAGCCGACCUUCCUCAUCCCAUCUGGUUCCUCCAGCUCGAAGACGGUGUUGAGAGGACAGGUGCUGGAGAUGGAGUGUAUCGCAGAUGGGCUGCCCACCCCGGAAAUCUCCUGGACCAAAGUGAGCGGCGAUCUCCCGGCCCAACGCAUGUCCUACCUGUACUACCAGAAGAAUCUGCGCAUCGUGAACGUGUCGGAAUCGGACGCAGGAGAUUACCGCUGCUCCGCCAGUAACCGGCUCGGCUCCGUGCACCAUACCAUCCACGUCUCUGUCAAAGCGGCUCCAUAUUGGAUCAGCAGCCCUCCCAGGAACCUUGUCCUGGCUCCGGGAGAGAACGGCGUGCUGACCUGCAGGGCCAGUGGCACGCCCAAGCCGUCCAUCGCCUGGGCGAUGAAUGGCAUCCCCAUAGAGAAUUCUCCUAAGGAUCUGAGCAGAAAGGUGGAAGACGACACCAUUAUCUUCACUGACAUACAGAUUGGAUCCAGCGCCGUCUAUCAGUGUAACGUCUCCAAUGGCCACGGUUACCUCCUGGCCAACGCCUUUGUCAAUGUCCUCUCGGAGCCACCCAGAGUGCUGACACCGGCCAACAAGGUCUACCAGGUCAUCAAAAACCACCGGGCUCGGAUAGACUGCACUUUCUUUGGGUCCCCCAUCCCUAAAAUUACAUGGUUCAAAGACAGCCGCUCCAGCACCCUGGACGGAGAUCCUUACAUCCAGCAUGACAACGGCACUUUAGAGAUUCACACAGCUCAGGCCAGAAACAGCGGCAAAUACACCUGCGCCGCCAGAAACAUGCUGGGUAUCUAUGAGAAUCAUGUCUACCUGGAGGUCAAAGAGCCCACCCGCAUCCUGAAGCAGCCCGAGUACAAGGUGGUCCAGAGGGGCAGGUCGGUGGUGUUUGAGUGUAAAGUGAAACAUGACCCGUCACUCGUCCCCACCAUGACCUGGCUCAAAGACGACGGAGAGCUGCCUGAUGAUGAGAGAUUAAUCGUAGACGCUGACAGCCUCACCAUCACUGAUGUGACAGAGAGCGACGCGGGCGUGUACACCUGCAUCAUGAACACAACUCUGGACCACGACUCAGCCAGCGCAGAGCUCACUGUUGUUGAGGCCACACCAACUCCAGCUGUUGUCUACGAACGACCUGACCCCCCAACUGACCUGGAGCUGACGGACCAGAAAAAGAGAAGUGUGCAGCUCACAUGGACCCCCGGGGAUGAACAUAACAGUCCAAUUCAGAAAUUUCUCAUCCAGUAUGAAGACUCGCUGCACCACCGAGGUCACUGGCACAACCUCACCGAGGUCCCUGGAACCAGGACGACUGCUCACCUCAGAUUGUCUCCCUACAUCCACUACACCUUCAGGGUUUUGGCUCUCAAUGCCAUGGGCUUCAGUCGGCCCAGCUUCCCCUCCAGGAUGUUUAAGACAGAACCUGCAGCUCCAGACGAGAACCCUAAAGAUGUUGAGGGAUUUGGAACAGAGCAUGACAAUCUUGUAAUCUCAUGGAAGCCGCUGACAGGGCUCCAGUCUAAUGGCCCAGGGCUUCGUUAUCGAGUAAUGUGGAGGCAGAAGGCAGUGGACAGUGAUUGGACCACAGUGACUGUGUCCAACAACUCUAGGUUCGUCGUGUCUGGAACGCCCACGUUCGUACCGUACGAGCUAAAAGUUCAGGCUGUGAACGACCACGGAGUUGGACCUGAGCCUGCUAUCGCCCGCGGCUACUCAGGAGAGGACUUGCCGGUAGCAGCUCCAGAAAACGUUCAGGCGGUGGUGCUGAACAGCACUCUGGCAGAGGUGCACUGGGAUCCUGUGCCUCAUAAAUUAAUACGUGGGCAUCUCAAAGGAUACAAGGUGUACUACUGGAAAGAGCGCAGUCUCCACAAACACAACCCCUACCACAUGGAGAAGCUGAUCCUGACGUUCAGUGGGAACCACAGCCACGGCAUGGUGCCUGGUCUGCACCCCUUCAGCCUGUACUCCUUCAAUGUCAGAGUGUAUAACGGCAAAGGAGAGGGUCCUGUGAGCCCCACCCAGCAAUUUGAAACACCAGAGGGAGUACCUGGAGCUCCCACUUCCCUGAUAGUCACCAACUCAAACCUGGACACUCUAACCCUUGAAUGGAGUCCUCCUCAUGAUCGUAACGGACGCAUCACUGGCUACACUCUCAAAUAUCAGCCAGUCAAUAACUCCAAUGAGCUGGGCCCAGUGGAGGAGCUGGCCCUGCUCGCCAAUGAGACCUCAGUCACUUUGCCCAACCUCAAGUACAGCACACGCUACAAGUUUUAUUUGAAUGCCAAAACAGUCAGGGGAGCGGGCCCAGCCAUUUCUCAAGAGGCUAUCACCAUCAUGGAUGAAGCUCUAAUGUCACUGCUUGACGUAGAUGUGGGCGAAGAAGGCACCCAAACCUCUCAUCCCAUUGCUCAGCUUCCUCCACGCCGUCCCCCCCACAAGGCACCGCCAGUGAGUUCUUUCGGGAACGUUAGUUCCUCGGUUGGAGAGGAUGGGGCCCUCAUCAGUUGGGAGUACUGGGGCCCGGAGAAAAACGUUUAUGUAGAGUACACUGUAGAAAACAGUGAAGGUGAAGAGGAAUGGCAGAAAGAGCAGGUGAACGGCUCUCAGAACGUUGUGCUGAAGGGCUUAAAGGGGGGCCUCUCCUAUAGGGUGCGCUUGGUGGCCAAAGGUCACAACGACCAGCCGCCCCACCACUCUGAAGAGCUGUUGGUCACGGUACCAGCUGUGGCGAGCAGACAGGUGGACAUCGCCACUCAGGGAUGGUUCAUUGGCCUCAUGUGUGCCAUCGCUCUGCUCAUCCUGAUCCUCCUCAUUAUCUGCUUCAUCCAGAGGAAUAAAGGAGGGAAAUACCCCGUCAAAGAGAAGGAGGACGCACACACAGACCCAGAGUUCCAGCCCAUGAAAGAAGACGACUGCACUUUUGGGGAAUACAGUGACAAUGAGGACCAUAAGCCGUUAAAAGGGAGCCGCACGCCGUCUAACGGGACAGUUAAGCGGGACGACAGUGACGACAGUUUAGUUGACUACGGGGAAGGAGGAGACGGACAGUUCAACGAGGACGGCUCGUUUAUCGGCCAGUAUAGCGGGAAGAGCGGCAGCAGGGACACGGCUGAGGGCCAUGAGAGCUCUGAGGCCCCGUCCCCCAUUAACGCCAUGAACUCCUUGAACUCAUUUGUGUAGCCAGUCGGUCCUCGCACACCAGUAUGAGGCGCUCGGCCCCCCAGGUCUCUCUUUAGAGUGCUGACCCCAACACUGCAUGGCUUUAUGAUCACAAGUCCACACAUGACUCAGCAAAUACACACAACUCAUCAGAGACUUUAUCUCUUCACUUGGAAAUCUUUAUAGAGAGGCUUGGAAACUCUUAUCUCAGUAUAUAAGAAGUAGCUCAACCAGUCGUAUGAUUUUAACAGUGCAUGAAAUAGGCCUACUUGAUAUCAUUAUCUAAAUCCAUAUUUAAAUUAACACUUUGAUAUUAACAAGCAUUGCAUUUUGUUUCUUUGUUUUUGUGGUGUACCUGGACUAUGCAGUGGUCGUCUGAACUAUAUUUGUUUCUGUUUUUUGUUCUUAUAUUAUCGACUAUGUUCAAAUAGUAAUCAGUGUCCAUGUAUUUUGUUUUCCAACACAGAAGCUUGUACAGGAAUCUGUAUUUAAUAAUGUAAUUAGCUUGUGUAAUUCCAUCAUGCAUUUAUACAGUGCACACAGUAGCUCAUGUACAGUGUAUAUAUACUGUAUAUAAAUAUAAAGUGAACUAAUAUUGGGGGGCAGUGCACACAGCAUGCAUCGACACGUUUCCAUCUGUCCCCGCUCUGUGGAAACAUCCACCUGCACCUGUGACGGAGGGGAACUGAAAUGCUGCAUGGCAUGUCACAUGACCUUUGACCCGCAUGUGACCUUGUCUGUAUUGAGCUUGAGAUCUGGAGGCCAGGGGGGGGGGAGUCGCUGAGGGUGCGACCGCUUUGCCUCGGCCCCUGCAAUGCUCCUUCAGCAGGUAGUGCCUUUUCAUCAAAAACAGUAGUUCUGAGUCUGAAGUUUCUUUCCAGAGAUCAGUGAUUGGAACAGAGACUGUGGUGGGACGGCUGAGGUCACGUCCAAGAAAGGAGGAGAUAAGUUUAAGAGGACGACCCUACGGAGGGAGGAAUUAUUCAUAACCUCCAUCUCUUUUUUUCUUUUGAAAGACUCCUCGCUACACAUUGAGACACAGGACUGGAUUUGAUUCCUCCAAGAAGCUAAAACAUUGAAACCACUUUGGUAUAUUAAGUCUGCCGCCGUUAUGUAAAGGACCUGAUUGUAUCUGCAGUGUAUGAAUGUAUGGGUGUGUGUGUGUGUGCGUGUGUGUGUGUGCGCAGAGACAUUAUUCAUUUCACAUUUGACAAAAACUGUUGACGUGUUCUAACCACACUUGAGGGCCUUUGGAUGGGAUCAAGAUUUCUUUUCUCUUAACUUGCAUCAAGUUUUUUUUUUUAAAGACGUGUAGAGUAUUUGUUGAAUUUGUAAAUACCUGAACUGAUUGUACAGGGACAAGCAGCUUAUGAGGCGGCCUGUGAAGGCAAUAUUGUGCAUGGUAUGGUUUAACUUGUCGAUAGGACUGUAUUAAAUAUAGACUACUCCCUAGAGAAUAUCUAUAUACAUUUUGUUUUUCUUGCUGUGCACAGUGUACGUUGUACUGUAACUAACUGGACAGAGAAAUGCAUACACAUUUGAAUUCUGAUUGUUUUUCUGGUUUGCUUGUCAGCGAGUUAUGUAACUUUGACAUUGUACAACAACCUCAAGGGUGAAGCGACAAUAUUAACUGAUGCACACAAUGAUAUUCCUCUGAUUUGUAUUGGUUCUAUACGCAGUACCUAUAUAUAUAUACUGCCAAAAUGAUGCUUCUUUCUGACAGUAUUGCAAAUGGUUUUGUAUUUAAGAAACAGAUUUCUACUAACAGAUACUUUCUUUGUCUCUAUUUAAGUUGAUCCUUUUAGUGCAAGUAUGGAAUUCAAGCUACUGGAAAUAUAAUGAAUGAAUAAAUAAUUAUCUGCUUUUG